GACACCGAAUUGUCCAAAGUCUUUCUACUGAAAUUGAAGCUGAGAGUUUCUCCGACACUCGCGUUAGAGACUACACAGCAAUGUCUGGGCUACCACCACAACGAAAAGAGGAAGACUAUGAACCUACAUCCUCAGUGAAAAAUGCGGCCACUGUCGGUUUCCAGGCGGGUAUGGUUGGCGCUUUCGUUAGUGCCGUGCAGAAUGCAUUGGGUUCACAUUCGUCGGGAGCAACGGGAUUCCUGACGAGAAGUGGAGGAACUAUCGGAACUUUUGCUGCUAUGGGCGCUGCAUUCGCCAUGACAGAAUCAGUGGUAGCUAAUCAACGAGAGAAGAAGGACGCUCUUAAUGGUGUUGCGGGUGGUUGUGCUGCUGGUUUCUUGGCAGGUAUACGAACUCGUUCUUUACCUAUCGCCGUGGCCUCAUGCGCCGUUGUCGGUGCUGCAAUGGGUACUUUCGAUUAUGCGGGAGAUCUGGCUGGUCGGUCUAAGGAGGAGAAGGAAGAAAAACGAAGGGAAUUCUUCAAACCACUACCUCAACCUGUCUCCCAUGCGUCUAACUGAGUUUCGUAAUUUAUUGCUUUGAAUUCUUGCCCUUGCAACCCUUGCCGAGGGAAAUAUGCAUAAUCAAGAGUGCUACUUCCUGCAAGUGUAAUGUUCACUCUAUGUACGAAAAUGUAUCAUCUGAAGGAUUAGGUAGGGCUAACAGUUCUCGACUCUCUUCUGGGUAUGCUAACCCAUCACCCGCGACUAGGCGUUCUAUUUCGACCUGCACAAUAUUCUCGUGACCCAGGUAAAAUUCUGGCCAAGAUUCGGCACUUCGACAAGGACGAUGUUGUCGUAAGUUAUCCCACACACGUUCAUCGUCUUGAUCAUCACCACCACCGUUGGCAAAAAAGUGGCUUAUCACGGCGAGAUCUUCAGCAACUGCUGCAUCAUCCAUGUGCUUAGAAAAUACGGAACUGCCAGCUUGCUUGUCGUUCUCAUAUGGCGAGGAAUCAACCUUCCGUUUCUUCGAUGGAGUAGACCAGUCAUACUGAUCAUCAUUUUGUCGUUGCUUUUGAGACAUGCGUGCAGGCUCAUCGUUCAUUUUCUGACCUCUAGAACGUGCAACGUCUUGGCGUAUCUGGUCCAACUCCAUUUUGAGUUGAUGACCUACAUCAUUUUGCCAAAAGCUGUGAUGAGGCAUCUAUCAAUUUGACGUAGUAAGCUUUUUGAUAAAAUCAAGAAGUAAGCGUAAAGCUCAGACCUCGUCGUGCAUCUUCUGUACAACAGCCAUUUUGGUGAUGGAUGGAUCACUUUCGACAAGAGAGCGUGCAUACUGACGAAAGAACUCUAGAUCGCUUUGAGAGUGGACAGAAUCCUCAGGUUCUGUCAUGUGACUGGCUGCAGGAAGAGGAGGGGAUGAAGACAAUCUUUGUUUUAAGGAUGAUGAUUUUUUGGAAGGCUUUUGUAUCGCCUCUUUUCCUUUGGCAGACACUCUAGAUUUCCGCGCGCUCUUUGCCAAAGACUGUUUACGGUUAGGCGAUCCUGCACCACAAUCAAGCACAUAUUCUGCAUCAUCAAGUACAACACCCUCCUUGACGCAAUCCACUACAAAUGACGACUGAAGUGGACGUUUAUUGACAUUUUGUGCUUCCUUGGCCAACCCAGGGAAUGUUUUCGAUCGGCUCAUGUCAGUAAAGCGAGGGACGAGAACAAUUAAUCGAAACGGCCGUCCAGAGCGAGAUAAAAAUGUCUGGCCUAAAUUAUUAUUGGCGCCUGUAGUGGGUUGAGAUGCUGAAGGUGUGGGAGGACGAGAUGAGAAUUCAGGGGAUGACAUCGAAACAGAAAAUGAUCGGCGUUCCUUCCCCUGUUUUUCGGAUGAAGAUGAUGGACGUAAGGAGGUAGACCUAUCGCAGUAUUCGUGUCCGGUCAACGAGGCAGAAGAGGCAGAGGGCGAUAGGCCCAUGUCUCCUCUGCGAUGGUCGGGGAAAGGAGACAUUGUUGAUGGGUUAAUAGUUUCCAUCGUGUUAUAGUGUGGGUUAAAUUGGUUCCCAUUGCGAGGGUCAGGGAAGGUAGACAAUGCUGAUGGGUUGAUAGUCUCCAUCAUGCCAGUGUUGUUAGUGAGUUGAUGUUGGUAAGAGUUGCUAAUGGGUAAAGUUUGAGAUAGAAGAGCUGCAUCUGAUUGCUCUUGCGAUGGUAUUUGUGCUUGAAAAUUCAUUUUGUGUCU